AUGUUGAAGUUUGCCCGGAACCGAUCGAGUUCGGCUGAGCGAGUUUCCCGGUCUCCUUUGCCGCCUCAAGUGCAACGAUUUCAGCGCACCAAUACGCGUGAAUUUUCCCCCGCUCGAGUUCCUGCUCGGCAUGAAGACACUCCCCGGGGAGCCCGAACCUCGUCACUGGAACGAGUGCCCAUGAAGUCUAGAAGGCAAUUGACAUUUGAUACUUGUGAUACCCCCUACCGAACUGGGAGUGCUAUGGUAGAGCCUCUCCCACCAAGGGUAUCCGAAAUGGCCCCGCCCCCCGUGGUCCGAACUGCAAACGUGAAACCCUCGCGACUGCCGGUGAAGACACCCCAAUCCUCACCUGUGCUAGAGGCGCCCAUUCCUCAACAACUGAAUCCAGCCUAUCGUGAGAUGAGCUCGGGAACGUACUGUCGACUUGGGUCUAAGGCAACCUUUGCCCCCAUGACCCCGACCCUGGUGAAACUCUCCCAUCCACACGUGUUGGACGGCGUCAAACCUGAGCCAGUUCCCAAGUCGGUACUGAAGCGUCAGGCCCAUUAUGACUUCCAUAGGGCAGUGGAGCGCCUUGUGGAGAAACUGGACCUGCAAUUGGACACCUCGUCCGAAAGUGGGUAUGGCAGUGACGAUCAUGACUCCUUAUCAAGUGGAUCUCAAAGACUGUCCAAGGCUUCAGCAUCCUCCACCGAAGACCCCUCGCCUCCCCCUUUGCCAAGACGGGGUCGCAACGCCAAGCGGGUACAAUUUGACUCCUACGUUCUCCUUCUUCAGGGCAUUCGAGAGCGGAAUCUGGACCUGGUCCAAUGCCACAUCAAAGAGGUGUGCGGGGCGGCUCUGGCCACAGAUGAGGUCAUGCUAGAGUUCAUGAGGGUCGUCAUCGAGGGCCAUGAGCUUCUCGUCCAGGAGCUCCUGACCCAUGGCUGCAACCCGAAUUUCACUGACCCGUCUGGCCUCACUCCACUCCAUUUGGCAGCUGCCUUUAACUCUUUGCCAAUUAUCAAGAUCCUCCUGAACCAUGGUGCGGCCAUUUUUGCCCGCGCCCAUACCAGUGGGAAGAUUGCCUCAGAAAUGUGCUCUCCUCGGAGCCCGAAUUUUCAAGCCUGUAAUGCAUACCUCAAGUGCAUGGAGGAGUGUCUGGGCGUGGCCAACCAAGGGAAAGUCUACGUGGCCAGACAGUAUCGGACCUGUCGAAGCGACGAGCUCUGUAUCAAACCUGGUGAAGAAUUAGUGGUGAACCGCAAGGGUGAUUACCCAGGGAGUGCGUGGUGGUGGUGCCGAAAUGUUCACGGCCAAGAGGGCUACGCCCUCAAGGACUUGUUAUCCCUUCAACCAGAAAAAUAA